AUGCCCAAGGUUGCGAAUCUGAACGAGGCAGAUAUUGCCGCUACCCGCUGUCUGUCCCUUACUGCAGGCCUGACGAGAAGUCAACAAAAUGAGCAGUUGAGUGCAGCAGCUCUUGCAGCAGCUGCAUUCCCCACUGCCACUCCGCACGGGCCGCGAGAGGGCCCCACGGCUGCAGCAGCAGCUGGUGUUGCUGUUGCUGCUCACUGUGCCCAGCAGCAGGAGCAGCGCGGAGCACCUCAUCUCUGCAUGCGCUUUUACAAGGCCCAGGCCAUUCGUGCGUUGUCAAUCCCGGAAAUUGAAAGGGAGGUGCUACUGACGCGACAGACGCUCACGCACCUGCGGCUGCUUCAGCAUGCGGGCAUUACAAGGCGGCACAAGUUGGUGCAUGCGCGCAGGUUGCUGCGGCAACUGCUAACGAUCAGAACCGAAAGAGAAGCCAACACAGGGGCCUGCGAGCGGCGGCAGCAGCAGCAAGACUUGCUGCAUGCGCAGCAGCAGCUGCACCUCCAACAAGCCCAGGCGCUGCAACAGCUGCUACGCCAAAACAUGACACCAGAGAUGCAGGAAGGGCUGCGCCAGGUUGAAAUGCAGCUGCAGCAGCAGCACGACGAACAAAGGCAGUGGCAAGAGCGGCAG